AGCCUUUAAGGGGGCGGUUGAAUUGAGGGAAACAUUGUGUAAUAUCUGAAAAACUGAUUCAAGCCCAAAUGCUUGGUAAUUCCCCAAACAUCUUGAGGCCAUUCCCUUGUGGACAUAUCAAAGAAGGGUUGACCAGGAGCAGCCAACAAUUUCAGCCAGAAGAAGUGACUCUGUCAUAGAGAUGAGCGUUACUGGGCCUGGCAGCUUCGCAUUCACUCUCAGUGAUAAGGAUUCAAAGACUGAGAAGAAGAAUGAUGGGAAAUGUUGUAUCAGUGCAUUGGUUGUAUACAUCCUGCUGCUGACAGGACUUACUGCGUUCUUCGUUUACAAAGUGUUUAUGCUCCAGGGAGAACUUAACAGCCUGGGUGUGCUGAAGGCUGAUCUGGAGCUGGUCAAUAGCAGCACCGUUCUGCUGCACAGCAGGCUGGAAAAUCUGAACCUCAGUGCAGGUCCUCCUGGUACACCUGGAGUCAGAGGGCCAAAAGGAGACACUGGGGCCACUGGUCCAGGGGGUGAGAAAGGUUCCCAGGGCAGCCAGGGACCACGGGGAGCGACCGGGUCAAAUGGAGAGAAGGGAAGUGGAGGUGAAAAGGGUGAGACUGGACUGACUGGUUCUGCUGGACCCGUCGGGCUGCCAGGCCAGACAGGUCAAAAGGGUGAACGAGGGCAGCAAGGACCAAAGGGAGAGACAGGUACCGCAGGUGUAAAGGGAGACCAGGGAACGGCAGGUGUUCCAGGAGUGAGGGGACCUGCUGGAGAUAAGGGCCAGACUGGGAGCAAGGGGGUUGCAGGACCUCAAGGACCUCCUGGCCCUCCAGGAUCCAUGGGACCCAAAGGAGACUCAGGAACCUCUGGAAAGCCGGGGACACAAGGAGUUCCUGGGGUCCCAGGGACAAAGGGGGAAAAAGGGACAACAGGAAAUGUGGGCUCCGUCGGAAAACAAGGUGUCCCAGGAGUGCAGGGCCCACAAGGAAUAAAAGGAGACAGGGGGAUACCAGGUGUACAAGGAGCCAAAGGAAGCAAUGGAGCUCAGGGCAGUAAAGGAGAUUCUGGUACCGCAGGUGUAAAGGGAGACCGAGGAACGACAGGUGUUCCAGGAGUGAGGGGACCUGCUGGAGAUAAGGGCCAGACUGGGAGCAAGGGGAUUGCAGGACCUCACGGACCGCCUGGCCCUCCAGGAUCCAUGGGACCCAAAGGAGAUUCAGGAACCUCUGGAAAGCCAGGGACACAAGGAGUUCCUGGGGUCCCAGGGACAAAGGGGGAAAAAGGGACAACAGGAAAUGUGGGCUCCGUCGGGAAGCAAGGUGUCCCAGGAGUGCAGGGCCCACAAGGAAUAAAAGGAGACAGGGGGAUACCAGGUGUACAAGGGGCCAGGGGGAGCAAUGGAGCUCAGGGCAGUAAAGGAGAUUUUGGUCAAAAGGGUGAACGAGGGCAGCAAGGACCAAAGGGAGAGACAGGUACCGCAGGUGUAAAGGGAGACCGGGGAACGACAGGUGUUCCAGGAGUGAGGGGACCUGCUGGAGAUAAGGGCCAGACUGGGAGCAAGGGGGUUGCAGGACCUCACGGACCGCCUGGCCCUCCAGGAUCCAUGGGACCCAAAGGAGACUCAGGAACCUCUGGAAAGCCGGGGACACAAGGAGUUCCUGGGGUCCCAGGGACAAAGGGGGAAAAAGGGACAACAGGAAAUGUGGGCUCGGUCGGAAAACAAGGAGUCCCAGGAGUGCGAGGCCCACAAGGAAUAAAAGGAGACAGGGGGAUACCAGGUGCAGUGUACAAGGGGCCAGGGGAAGCAAUGGAGCUCAGGGCAGUAAAGGAAAUUCUGGCAUGGUCCUCAGAUUUCCCUGCUUCCCUCCCGCAAACCCAAGUGGAUAUUGUGUGCAUUUGCUGGGGAGGGGGGGUGGUGUUGUGUGUGUGUGUGUGUGUGUGUGUGUGUUUUAAUCCACAACCAGUACCUCUCAUUCUAGGGGUUGCUGGACCCAGGGGUGAGAGGGGAAGUCCAGGGCCCCCAGGGUCACAGGGGAGCAAAGGGGAGAAAGGAGAAGCGGCCGGGAGGAGCGGUGCACCUAACGUGAGGAUUGCCGGUGGCGGUAAUCGUGGGAGAGUGGAGGUCUUUUACCAGGGUCAGUGGGGCACAAUCUGUAUGGAUCACUUUGACGUGGGUGAUGCGACAGUUCUCUGCAGGAUGUUGGGCUACUGGCGGGCCUCCGUCACCUUUACCGCCCCACCGGGAACAGGGAAGAUCUGGCUGGAUGAGCUGCAUUGUUUGGGUACAGAGGGAACUAUUUUCGAAUGCCUACAUGCCGGCUUAGGUGUCCACAACUGCAACCACAACCGCGACGCUGGCCUGGAGUGCAUCUGAUGUCCUCGCCCCUCGUCACAGAGCAUUCUCACCGCCAGGACACCUGCCGAACGUACACAGACUGUGAAACAACUCCAUCACGGACGAGCCAAUUUGCAAGCAUUUGUGACUUAAUUAUAGAAUGCUGUAAGCAGCGAACAGAAGUCAUCACAUGGAUUAAUGUGAAAUCACAUGGGGCAUGUGAGACGUGUGACCUGUCAGCUGGAGCUCGAAUCGGUUAGCAUACAAUGCAACUCAUUUUCUCUGACGGGGAACGUAGACUUAAAACAAACUUCAAAACGAAGGAGCGUGUGGGAAACGGGGAUGUUUUCCAUGCACUCAUUUAAUGCAAACACUGUUGGGAUGCUAGUAUAAUAUUCCCUCUUGGGGAAAAUGUAUUGGUCCUAGUAUCUGUUAUUUAAU